CCUAAACUUAUCCACCUGUUUGUUACAUUUGAAUCGCAGUGGAAUUUACAUCUCUUUUGGUAAUUUUAAUGUAUAUGGACUUCUUUUUCAGAGAGUUGGAAGCAAAGUAAUCGGUCAUGCUAAGGAAGGGGGAGUGGGUGUGGGUGAACUCCACCAUCGGAGUCCCCAUUGGAGCCAGAGUCAAAGAAACACCUUCAGGCCAGCGGUUCUUAGUGGACGACGAUGGAAAAGAGCAGCGUCUGUCCCCAGAGGAGGAGGCCUCUCUUAAAAUCAUGCACCCAACAUCGGUGGAGGGGGUAGAUGACAUGAUUUCACUCGGUGACAUGACAGAAGCUGGCCUACUGAGAAACCUGCUGCUCAGACACAAGCGAGGCCUCAUCUAUACUUUUGUUGGCUCAGUGUUGGUGGCAGUGAAUCCAUACCAGGAAUUUCCUAUUUAUACAGCCGAGCAGGUGAAGUUGUAUCACGGCAGAAAGCUGGGAGAACUCCCCCCGCAUAUUUUUGCCAUUGCUGAGUCCUGCUACUUCAACAUGAGGCGUAAUCUCAGAAGCCAGUGCUGCAUCAUCAGCGGGGAGUCUGGUGCAGGAAAGACCGAGAGCACCAAACUGAUCCUGCAGUACUUGACAGCUAUCAGCGGUAAGCUGUCUCUGCAAGAGAUAGAGAAGCAGAUACUGGAGUCCAACCCAAUUCUCGAAGCUUUUGGAAAUUCCAAAACAAUUCGUAAUGACAACUCCAGCCGCUUUGGAAAAUAUCUGGAGAUUUUCUUCAACAAAAAUGGAGUCAUUGAGGGCGCUCGCAUUGAGCAGUAUCUUCUAGAGAAGUCCCGUGUGUGCCAUCAGGCCCCAGAGGAGCGAAACUACCACAUCUUCUACUGCAUACUGGCAGGCCUCACAGCAGAGGAGAAGAAAAAUCUCAACCUCGGAAAAGCCACAGACUACGCCUUCCUCACUAAGGGUGACUGCAUUGUAUGCGAGGGCAGGGAUGACGCUAAAGACUUUGACCGCAUCCGUUCGGCCUUGAAAAUCCUGACUUUCUCCGAAAACCAGUUUCAGGACAUUCUAAAGCUUCUUGCAGCCAUGUUGCACUUGGGAAAUGUCACCUUUGAUGGCACCGUCCAAAAUAACCUGGAAACCAGUGAAGUCUGCAAGUCGAAACACUUUAGCAGCACAGCUUCCCUGCUGGGGGUGAAGAAGUCCACCCUGGAGAAGAGUUUGACCCAACGCUCCAUCGAGGCCAACAAAGAAAGAGUCACCAAACCACUGAGUUCUCAACAAGCAGCUGCCUGCCGAGACGCUGUCGUCAAGGCAAUCUUCAAUAAACUGUUUAAAUGGAUUGUGGAGAACAUCAACAACGUCAUCUACAAACGGCUGGCCAACAACCCCAAGUCGUCUUAUCUCUCCAUUGGCCUGCUUGAUAUCUUCGGCUUUGAAAACUUUGAAGUAAACAGCUUUGAGCAGCUUUGCAUCAACUAUGCCAACGAGAAGCUUCAACAGUUCUUUGUGGGCCACAUCUUCAAGCUGGAGCAGGAGGAGUACAUGAAAGAAGGCAUAGUGUGGAACAACAUCAAAUUCAGCGACAACCAGAACGUCCUCGACCUUCUGGCCGACAAGCCGUGCAACGUGUUUGCCCUGAUUGAUGAAGAGAGCCAGUUUCCUAAGGGUACAGACCUCACCUUUCUUACCAAGUUGAACCAGCAUCACAGAAGAGAAAAAACUUACGUUGCUUCCCAAAGUCAACACGACACCAACUUUGGGGUUAACCACUUUGCAGGGGUGGUCCACUACGACACCAAAGGGUUCCUUGAAAAAAACAGAGAUGCCAUCAGUUAUGACAUCAAACACAUGAUUGAAGCAUCCACCAAUAAGUCACUGAGACAGCUUUUCCAGACGGAGCUCUCGCCUAAAGGAAACAACGUCCUCAAAAACAACAAGGUUCUCAUGACACCCAUUAGCUCUCUCAGGGCCCAGAAUAAUAAAAGUAAACAAAUUCCAACACUGUGCGGCCAGUUUCGUCAGUCUCUGGACUCCCUCAUGAAGGCUCUGUCCAUCUGCCAGCCUUUCUUCAUCCGCUGCUUCAAGUCCAACAACGACAAAAAGUCUGAGGUGUUUGACAGAGAACUGUGCGUAAGGCAGCUGAGAUACUCCGGCAUGAUAGACACCAUCCGCAUCAGAAAGCUGGGAUAUCCUGUCCGGCACUCCUAUGAGGCCUUCCUGAAACGCUACAGGGUGCUCCUGAAGACCGCCAUCUGUGACCCCAAAACUAGUAAAGCUGCUACAUGCUGCGAAGCCAUCUGCAAGGCUGUGAUUGGAGGAAAGGACGAAUGGAAAAUGGGCAGGACUCAAAUUUUCCUGAGGGACACCCAUGAUGCCGUUCUGGAACGGCGGCGGGAGGAGGAACUUAGCAGGGUUGCCGUGGUGAUCCAGAGGGUCAUGCUGGGACACAAAGACAGAAAGUGCUUUGUGAAGAAGAGGAGGGCGGCUGUGGUGUUACAGAAGAACUGGAAGGGUUACAGGCAGAGGAAAGAGCUGAAAAUGCUUUUGAACGGUUUUGGCCGUCUUGUGGCAAUUGUCCGCGGUCGUAAGCUCCGGCGUCAGUACCAGAGACAGCAAGCAGCAGCUCUCACCAUCCAGAGCCAGGUACGAGGCUACAUAACAAGGAAGGACCUGAAGCAAAAGAGAGCUGUAAACAAUGAAAUCAUUGCAGUCAAUGCAGCCAUUCUGCUUCAGGCUCACACCAGAGGACUUCUGGCAAGAAGAGCCUACAAAAAAAUCAGGGAAGAUGCGAAAAUUGAAAGUCCUGAUGCUGGGGCCCACAAUUUACCAGAUGAGACAGAUGAAGAGGAUUUAAUUGGAUUGCAGCUUCAGCAGCGAUUGGAGGAAGUAGCUGCACAGCAAGCGGCUGAAAAAUCGGAAUCUGAGUCUGAGGAAUCAGAGUCAGAGGUCAACAAUUCUAAACUGGACCCUUCAUCCUCAGAUGAAAAAUCUUCAGAGUCUGAGAGGAGCUCUCCUGAGCCGAAAGAGAUCCCAGAGCAGAAAGAUUCUGCCCCAGACACUAAGUCAAGAACUUCAGAAGAAGAAGAGGAAGAGGAUGAGUUUGACGACGAGACGGAUCCCUUUUCAUUCUACAACUUUAGUGUCCGUUACUUCCAGCACAAUGCCGACCACAAGCACACCUCUCAGAGGCUCAAGAAGCCGCUCCUGAUGCACGAGGACGAGGGAGACGCUCUGGCGUGUCUGACUGUGUCGUGGAUUAUUUUACGUUUCAUGGGAGACAUUCCUGAAGGUAGACAUGCAGACACUGUAUCUCAGCUGUCAAGCACCAUCAACAGUGCGACCAACAGGCGUGGCCGAAGGCUGAGCAGCCUGGUGGGAUUAGACCAGAAAAUACUAAGGAGGAACAAGAAAAAGCUGGGAGGUGGAGCCAGGAAGCCUUCAGCUAUUCCUGAAGAGCCAGAGAACCUGCCAGAAGAAGAGGACCUUUUGGUCGGAGAAGGAACAACUUUGGAUCGACCGCUUACAGCUCUGGAGAAGUUGCAUAUAAUCGCUGGAUAUGGUCUGACAAGAAAAGACAUCAGGGAUGAGAUUUACUGUCAGAUCUGCAAGCAGCUGGUGAACAACAGGGACCGGAACAGCCGGGAACAAGGCUGGAGGCUGCUCGCCCUCUGCCUGGGGAUCUUCCCUCCAACAGACCUUUUCAUGAAGUAUUUAGAGAAGUUUCUUCAAAGAGGCCAGCAGGAUUACAAGGUGUACUGCACCAAGCGCCUGCAGCGCAUUGUGGCCAAUGGAGAGCGAAGAGAGUUGCCCUGUUGGAUGGAGCUGCAGGCGUCUGUGAAGAAGGAGCUUAUAAAUGUUUCUGUGACGCUAACAGAUGGUCGAAUUAUAAGUAUGGAGAUUGAUUCAGCCUCCACUUCUGCUGAAGUCUGCCAAUCUUUGGCUGAAGAAAUUGGACUGAAAGACACAUUUGGCUUCUCCCUGUACAUCAGCUUCUUUGACAAGAUGUGGUCCCUGAGCAGCUGUGGGAAGCACGUGUUGGAUGCAGUGUCUGUGUGCGAGCAGGAGAUGAGGAGGCAGGGCGGCGAGGAGAAGGACACUCCCUGGAUGCUUUCCUUGCGGAAGGAAAUUUUCUCCCCCUGGCACAACUGCUCUCUAGACCCCAUCAGCACAGAUCUGAUCUACAAGCAGGUCAUCAAGGGGGUUAAGUCUGGAGAUUACACCUGUGAAAAGGAGGAUGAAUAUGUUUUAAUAGCGGCGAUGGACUGUUACAUCCGGUUCAGCUCAGAUCCCACUAAAGAAAAAGUCCAGAGGGUGGUUCAGGACUGCAUUCCCACCACCCUUAUUGAGAACAAAUCCAUGGCCAAAUGGGUCCAGCUCAUCACAGCAAAGGUCUCUGGGGAAACAUUUGCUCGUCAAAACCCAAGUUCAGAAGAAGUUAAAGGAGGGGUGGUGGACAUUGCCCGGGAAAAAUGGCCACUGGAAUUUUCAAAGUUCUACGAAGUUACCAUGACGUCAGGACCUCCUUUGCCAAAAAGUCGGUUUGUAAUGGCUGUCAACUCAAGUGGCAUCUUUUUCAUGGAAAGAAAAGACAGGACAUUCUUGGACAUUUCCUACAUAGAAGUAAAGAAAGUCGAGAUGGCAACGGAUAGUGUCCAGUCUGUAAAUUUGAGCACAAUCAGAGGAGAGUUUGUGCUGAAGUCAAUAGAAGCAGACGACAUGAAGGAACUGCUGGAAAAUAAUUUGGAAGGGCUCCGGAAGCUCUCUGUGUAUGCAGUGGCUCAGCAGGACGUCAGUAAACCAGGGGACCCAAUGUAUCUGGUAUGCAAACGAGGUGACUUGCUGUUGGUGAAAAAGGGUGAAAGUAACUCAGCCAGACAGGGUUGGAUCCAAGCAGUCAACAAACGAAGCAAUACUUCUGGUUCUGUCAAAGAAGACAACAUCCAGUUUUUGCCAACUUUAACCGAACCCACAGAAGAAAUGCUGAACCUCCUGAGUCCAAAACAGAAGAAAAUGUCUAUUGUGAACAACACCCUUCAGGGAGAAGAGACCGUCGCUCCUGUAUCUUUGAAAGAAUUUGCUCUGGAGAACUUCAGAUCUGUCAGCAAGGACGGAGGUCGGCACAAUUCGGGCAAAGGGGCCAACAAAGAGAAGCUCUGGGUUUCCAGCAAAGAGCCUCUCAAACAGCCACUGUUAAAAAUGUUGCUCAACAACCAAGAACUCAGCAACCUGGCCUGCAAUGCCUUCACUGCCAUCCUAAAGUACAUGGGCGAUUACCCCAUCAAACAUGCUCGAAGUCCAAUAGAGCUGACUGAGCAGAUCUUCGGUCCAGCCACUCAGAACAUAGAGCUGCAGGAUGAAAUCUACUGCCAGAUUAUGAAACAGAUGACUGGCAAUGGCAGCAGGCUGAGCAUGGAGCGCGGAUGGCAGCUGAUGUGGCUGUGCACAGGCUUGUUCCCACCCAGUCUAAACUUGAGGAACCACACCAAGCGCUUCCUUGAAUCUCGACCCAGAGACCCGCUGGCUGCUGUCAGCCUGCAGAGGAUACAAGAGAUCUGCAGUAAGGAGCCCAGGAAGCUUCCUCCCCAUCAAGCAGAAGUGGACGCCAUUCAGCAGAACAGUACUGUGAUCUUUUACAAAGUCCACUUCCCAAAUAACACGGAUGACAUAUUUGAAGUGACUUCCACAACCACAAUCAAAGACCUUCGUAUAAGCAUUGCCUCUCAGCUGGGACUAAACUCCGCUGAUGGAUACGGCCUGUACAUGAAAACAACUCAGAAGAUUGUGAGCCUGGAGGAGCAGAAGUAUUUCUUUGACAAUCUAAGGCAGCCAUUUGAAGCACCUAAAAAAGGGAAAAAAACUAAAGAAGCCACGGUGGCAAACAUUCCAUGCCUGGUAAUCUUUAAGCGGAAGCUCUGGUUCAACGUGAUGCCAGGGAAAGAUUUGGUCGCUGACCUCACUUUCCAUUUUCCACAGGCCAUGCCCAAAUACCUGCGAGGAUACCACAAUUGCACCAAAGAGGAGAUGUUUAAUUUGGGUGGCCUGCUGUUCAGAGCUUUAGUAGACUCUGACAGAUCGCAGUUUGUUAUGAUCCCCAGAAUGCUGAAAGAUCUGGUCCCCGCUGACCAGAUAUCAACCAUGUCUCCUGAAGAGUGGAAGAAGAACAUUAUUGCAUCAUACAACAAGCAGAGUGGCAUCACAGUGCAAGAAGCCAAAGUUGCAUUCCUGCAAAGCAUCUCAAGCUGGCCAACCUUUGGAUCGGCUUUCUUUGAAGUUAAACAAACAUGUGACAAUUCCUAUCCAAGUCCACUUUGGAUUGCUAUCAGUAAGCAGGGUGUCAGCUUGAUAGAUCCAGUUUCAAAGGAGCUGCUGAUGUUGCACCAAUUUAGUCGGAUUACAGAAUACGGACAUAAAGGCAACACCUUCCAGAUGACCAUCCGUACCCUGGUGCAGGGCAUCAACUUUGUCUGUGAAUCUCCAAUGGCGUACGCAAUAGAAGACCUCAUCAGAUCCUACGUCAAGAUGUAUGAAGGACAGAAGCAAGUGGUACGGCCGAAAAACAACCUGUUUUUUAGAGGCUUCAGUGGCAAAAUAAGGGACUAAGCCAUUCUAAUUUAUAUCCCUGAAAUGUCCAAAAAACACAGAUGCACACUUAAAGGAUGAAAUGAAACCGCACAUAUACCUUAUAUGACUUGUGUUGUCUAAUAUUAUGUGUGUUUUACAUUUUGUUGUCUUGAUUAUUGUUUUUAUUUCUGAAAUGUCCGAGUAAAUUUGUGUGCUACUUAUCUCUAUUAAUAAACUUUACUACGGUCAA